AUGGUCUUGUACAAACGUAAACAGGUUACUUUUGUGCACCCGCCGCAAUUACCGCAAGACCUCUCCACGGAGGUUUAUAUUAUCCCAGAGACCAGAGAAUGGUUCUUGGAAUACGAGGAAUACCUCCAGAGGCUCGACUACUAUAAGCAUCGCAAAUUCGUGUGCGAGAUUACCGGAAAUUCCUGUCUAACAUUCUUUGAAGCGCUUGAGAGUGAAAUAAAGGAGAUCCAGGGCGUGGAAAGGGACUUUCCUGAAGCAUUAAGAGAACAUAUUCUCAGAUUCUUGCAGUUCAAUCGAAUCACUCGAUUAGAUCAGUUAGUGGACAAGGUGUAUCUGGUGUUUAAAGGUGACUACUUCCCAGGAGAGACUAUAUACAUAAAGGGGUCUAUAUCAAGUGCCACAGUGGGACAAACGAAACAGAAAGGUACUGUUAGAGAGAAAGUGCAAUACAACAAUCCGGAAGAUGGUACAUCCUCUACCAAAUAUCUUGUAGUACGGUUAAACGAUAUGCGUCAGGCAAUUGUCACUGGGGAUAAGAUUCUGCGGGAUAGAAAUCAUUUCACCAAAUGGUUGAUCAAGACAUUUAUUAAGUUGACUAUGACGAGAAGUCAUAAGGUAGGAGCUCCAUGGGUAGUUAAGGACAAGUAUGCAAAGAAAUAUAGGAUUCCUCAGGAAUACCCUGAAGACUUGAAGCACUUUGAACUGUUCACGCCAAGCGGAGAGGUUACCUGGGAAGGUGAAAAGAAGAGACAAAGAAGAGGCAAAGCAGGUAAUAAAAAUAAUGAGCUUACCAAAGAAAAUGCUGAUGGUGCUGCCGCCAAUGGAAACGACACUAAAGAAGAAUCUGGAACUGUUCCUGCAAAGAAAGGAAGAAGGAAGAAGAAGACAGAAGAAGCAGAAGGCACUGACGUGAAGAAGGGUAAGAGGAAAAGAAAAGAAGAUAAGAAGAAGGAUGCCAUUACUGAAACAGAAGCCAAAGUCGGCACUCCUCCUGUCGUUCCUAAGAAAAAGGUUUUGAGUUUUCCAGUGCAUUAUGUCCCAGACAAUUUAUUGAAGAAGGAAAUAAUUCCCCCUGUUACUUCGGGUGUGAAUUCUGGUACACCAGUCGCUGCAGAUACUACCACUUCUGGAUCUGUACCAAUAUCCACACUUCAACCAACGCAAAAGACUAUUAUAGACGAUCUUGAACUCAAGUUUGAUCUUCAAAGACUGAGACCACUUCCUCUUCAAUACACACCGCCGGAUAAUUCCAAUUAUUGGGAUAAUGAUGACGAUGAUGAUGAAGAGGAGGAAGAUGAUGAUCAGGAGGAUGAUGCUGGGGCUCAUGAACCUCUUCCAAUUCAAAAGGCACUUGAAUGUUGGGCCUUUCUUAACAUAUAUCAUAAGGUUCUCAACCUUGAUACUUUCACAUUUGACGACUUUAUGUAUGCAAUAGGUUGGAACUAUGAUCAAUUUGAAGAGAUUGGAAGGUGCGAAUUACUAGAUGAGAUGUUUUGUGCUGUAUUAGGCGUUAUUGUGUCUAACGAGACUCCGAAAAAGGGUACUCGCAAUGAAGACGACGAUGAAGAAACAAUUCCAGGUUUAUUAAUAACUUUGCCACCUAAGAAGUUAGUUGGCAGUGCAAAGGUAAAGGAUACCGAUGAAAUGGAUGAAGAAAGGGGCUCAGAUACUGAGAAUGAGAACGAGAAUGGAGUGAAUUCUGAUAAAUCGGAAACCGAUUCGGAUAGUGAAGAUGAACCAGAAUCCAAAGAACCAAAAAAGCUUAAGACAAAAAGAGGCGACAAGAAAGUGGAGGAAGCUGAAGAAGCUGAAGAUGCAGAUGCAGAUGAAGAAGAUGAAGGUGAUGGGGACGAUGAAGCAGCAGAAGAUGAAGAUGAAAAUGCCGAGGGUGGUGAGGAUGGAGACAAUGACUUUCAUGAACAUAAUGCAUACCUAGUAAUGAAUUAUAGAAAUAUUCCUUGGUACGAAAGACUCAGAAAAAGAAACUUUAAGGAUGGUAAUUGGCAAUGUAUCAUGAUGGGGGUAUUUUCUAUAGUUGAAUAUGUCCCUGCUUUCAAACCAGUUAUUGAUAAAGUGUUCAAGUUAUUAGCUCCAACAGAUGAUGAAUCUUCUACUAGAAAUGGCGGAGUCGUCAAUCCAAGCGGUGUUCUUCGUCAAUUUUAUGAAGAAUUGAAUACUAACCUUAGAAUUCAGUGUUUAAACAUAUUAAUAAGUUUAUUAUCAGGUGGAAAAGUCGUACGUGGAUACAUUGAUGACUGCUUAGAUGUUUCUACAUCUUUGAGAAGAGAUCGGUUGGAUAAUAUAAGAGACUACAAAGUUCAGCUAGAAUUAGUCAGCCAAUACCAUACUCAAAUUCAAGCAAAACUUGAAGAGUUCAUAAAAAAGAACGAGCCAAUAAAAGAAGAGAUUGAGGAGAAGGAGAAGGAAAUUGCGGAUGAUACCAUAGAAGCUGAUGGUAAGAAAGCAAAAGGGAAGAAAAAAGCUGGAGAUGAAAAAAAUGAAAAAGAUUCUACCCCAGCUACUGCUCCUGACUCAAAAGAUUCGAGAAGCAGAUCGAAAAUCUCUUUACUGGCUGAAAUGACUCCACAAGAGGAGGAGUUGGCUUCUACUGAUAAGGAAUUUUCAUCACUUUGGGAAAAGAAGCGUAUUGAAUUAACCAAAAUCUCUGAGUUAAAGAAGGCCAAAAAGGAAAUCGAAUUGAAGCUUGUAGAGAUGGACUGUCAAAGAGUGAAAUUACUUGGCAAAGAUAGAUUUGGAAAUAGAUAUUGGUGGUUUGAAAAUAAUGGACUUCCAACUUUACACGGAAGUUCUAAUGGAGAUGAAGAUGAGGACAACAGUGGUGCCAAUGCCGCGGGUGUCAACGGAACCACUGCUACAGACGAUAUGGAUGACGAUGAAGAUGAAUUACUCGAUGAGACUUACUUGAUGGGAAAAUUAUGGAUCCAGGGUCCAUCUCAGGAGGAUGUGAGCGAGUUGUUACAUUUAGAUGACACACAAAUUGUAAAUUUGCACGAUAUUUUAGAUAAGAAACUUCCUACGGGAAAUGGUAAAGAAGAUAUUAACCGUUACAUUAAGUCAGAGAUCGAAGAGAAAGGCUGGUACGAUGAAGUGCGCAAGGAUUAUAAAGAGAUGGACUUUGCAUCAACAGUUCCCAAAUACUACAGAAGAGGAGUGGAAAAAUUGUAUGGAAUUACAUACCUCAAGAAACAGAUUGUUAAGCAAAAUACCGAUGAAAUAAUUGUUGACCAUUUCGGACUGCUUCCCCCAAAAUCUAACUGGCAGAGUUUAACUCCUAUGCAACGAAAAUUGAUUGAAGAAGCCUCUGAUCCACUUAUUAGUCUGUCAGAUUGGAGGUAUUACGAUAAGCGCGAGGAUAUUGAAAAGCUAUUGCAGUGGAUCAAUCCAUGGGGCUCUAGAGAGUCACAAUUAAGGAAAGAACUUUUAGUAGUAAAGGAUGCCAUUUGUCAGAGUAUGGAUGGUAGAAGAAAAGCUUUAUGGUUGGACAAGAUCCCAGACAAUGAACUGGAGAUUGAGAAACAAUUGGAAGAAGUGACUGAAAAAAUAAAGCAAAAAGUGAGUAACACACAAACUGAGCCUGAAAUUGAAGCAUCUGAUGUGCCAUCUGAUACUUCAGAAAAUCUGGUCGAGAUAUUACCUCGUGGAAAAAGAAGAGCUGCCGCUAUGGCGGCUGUUAGUUCAAUGUCCACUAGUAAACGCCAGAGGAAAGAUACCAGCCAUGGUCCUCCUGAUACUAUUGCCAAUGGUACCGUGGAAGAAUUGAGAAAGCUCCAAGAGGAUUUACGUGAGAAAUUGAGCGAGAAGAAGAAGGAAAAGGAACUCUCGAGGAUCUUGGAAUGGGUUAACUUGGGAGCAAGAGAAGCAUUUGACAAAAGUUUAUAUGAAGGUGGAGAUAAACAAAAAACUAAGAAGAGGAAGAAGUAG